AUGUCGGAGCUGAGAGAUCUCGAUGUCGUCAACAAUUACUGGCUUAAUUGUGUGGCUGAAAAUGAUGAGGAAAAGUUUCAGAAAUUUCAAUCACUACUGUGUGUCCCCAAUAAGACGGACACAUCUAUUGUGGAUAAAGUGAUUAAAUGCCAACGCAACGAAACGGCUGAAGAGAUAGCCCUAAUUAAAGCUAAUGUGAGCGCCUACACCAAAGUGGAUCAGACGAUUAUGGAGCGCAAGGAAACAUUGAUUAUGUAUUGCGAUAAAGAGUUUUUCAAUUGUAUGGUCAAAGUGUUUGUCGAUAAUAAAGAUUUAUUUGAUGAGCAAGAUCGUAUAAACAAGUCAAAAGAUAAAGCGGUUGAAGAGAAAACUUAUUUAUAA